GAUUGCAUUAUAGCAAGCAGUCGAAUGAAGUACGAUGAUUGAUUGGAAUCUCCUUGCCUUUUAUCUUUGACGAACAUGCUCCCAAUUCCAAACAAUGGCAUCGAUCCCCUCCAAGUGAAUGCACCCGUGAAUACCAACCAAGCGCAGGAGAAGCUACACUACCAUGGUGUAGAGCACAGUAGAAGGUAGCAUGUAGCGACACGUUAAUGGCGGAAGGGCAGAGAACGCAGCGACAACCAUGACAUCACCACCCCUUCCCCUCCAUUUCCGUGUCUUCUUUCGCCUGCUCACACCGCGAUUUCUUCCGCUUGUCCACAACCACACUGCCCAUAAGAGGCCACCUCUUCUUUCCGUCGCUCCACACAACCUCUCCUGCUCGUCUGUUGUAGGGGUGAUGGCUCAGGGAAGGGGCAGUGCCGUGGCGAUGGGACUCGCUUUGCUCUGCCUCCUCGUCCACAGCGAGGUCGCCGGGGCCGCCACCUUCGUCGUGGGCGACAGCGGCGGCUGGACCUUCAGCACCGCCGGUUGGCCCAGCGGGAAGCGCUUUAGGGCCGGCGACGUACUCGAGUUCAGGUACAACCCUUGGGCACACAACGUGGUGGCAGUGAGCGCGGCGGGGUACAGGAGCUGCUCGGCUUCUCCGGCCGCGCGGGUCUUCACCUCCGGGAACGACCGCGUCACGCUGGCCCGGGGGACGAACCACUUCAUCUGCAGCCUCGCCGGCCACUGCGAGUCCGGCAUGAAGAUUGCCGUCACCGCCGUGUAGCGUCCCCCUCUGUCAUCAUCGUUCACGUGUCUUCCUCUUCUUGACGCGAUUCCAACACAGUGUUAUGUUUGACUGUGA